GUAAGGAGAUAAGCCACCAUAAAAACUAUGGUGGACCAUAGCGACCAUCAUUCGAUCGCCGCUGGUCGUCGUCUUCACAAAGCAAAAUGGUGAAGCUUACUCCCGAGCAAAUCCAGUUCUUUAAAGACAAUGGCUACAUCAAGGUGUCCGGCAUCUUCACGGAGAAGGAGCUGCAAACCUUGUCCAAGGAGUACGACCGACUGUUCUUCUUGAAGAACAACCCUGGCAUGGAGUCGGCGUGGCUCGGAUCAGCUAUGGCAAACGCAGUUAACGGAGAUAAUUAUUCCGUGCACGCCGUCCACAACCUGCAGUACCACAGCUCAAUCUUCGCUAACGCACUACACAACGAGAACCUGCUGGAUACUCUGGAAGGCGUCAUGGGCACUGAAGACAUCCUGCUCCAUCACACCAAGGCUCACUACAAGCCACCCAGAGUUGGAGCGCCUUACCUGAUGCACCAGGACUACCCCUACUUCCCGUUCAAGAAGCACUCCAUGGUAGCCGCCUUCAUCCACAUCGACAAGGCCGACCCUGAAAACGGAGGUCUCUGCAUCUACCCUGGCUCGCACAAGCUCGGACCUCUAGAAGACGUCGGCACCAUUGAGAAGGGAGAAGCCUACCAUUACGUAGACCCUAAAAAAUACCCCAUCGAGAAGGCAACGCCCGUAGUCGCCGAGCGCGGUGACGUGGUCAUCUUCUCGUACCUGACCCUGCACGGAAGCUACCGUAACCUGUCCGACCGCCCGCGCCGCAUGUACCUCAUCCAGCUCAUGGCGGCCGACGAUGAGCCCCUCGUCCCCGGCGUACACAAGAGCUUGGGACAAGGCUGGGUGCUCCGAGGAAAGAACGACUACAAGAAAGCUGACAUGGCUGAAAGGUUCCUCCACUGAUUGUUGAUAGCAAAAUCCGAGUUCUUAUUUAUGUUAUUGUUAUGUUUGUUAAGACUGUAAGAUUAAACUGGCUUUAAAACCAAA